GACACAAAAUACCCUCAGACUGAGACGACGAUGGACCUGGCCACGCUCUGCACAUUUGUAGUGUCUUUAAGAGUAUUCCCAAACCGCCUGCAGUUCUUUCAGUACGACUCGGUGUCUCUGAGCUGUGAAGACCAGACCAAUGCGUCUGAGUGGACCAUCAUGAGAAACACGAGCUUUCACAAAAACGAGAAAAACUCACCACAGAAUAAAUCAAAUUGGGUUUUCAACAGUAACUUGUACUAUAAUGACGCCGGAGUUUACUGGUGCCAGUCUGAGCGCGGCGAGUGUGGGGCUGUGGUCAACAUCAACGUCACAGCUGGACAUGUGAUCUUGGAGAGCCCGUCGCUGCCUGUGAAAGAGGGAGAGACAGUGACACUCCGCUGCCUUUUCAAUCCAAGAAAAAAAACAAGAACUGAAGGAACGUUUGUGUUCUUUAAAGAUGGAGAUUGUGUCAGGAACAGCACCGGCGGAGACCUGACCAUUCACAAUGUGGCUCAUUCAGACUCUGGGCUGUACACGUGCAGCCACCAGGGGGAGCUGUCAUUAGGGAGCACACUGGAGGUGCUCAAAACGGCGGGGCGCCCCCCACAGCCUGAACUCACACCUUCAUCUGUCACCUCCAGCAUUAUCAUCGCGCUUCCUGUUGCCGUGGUGACAUUAGGCCUGCUCUGCACCGCUCUUGUCUUCGUCUUCCUUUGGCGAAAACGCAAAGGACGUGAAAACCAUGACGCUCUCUACGCUAACGCUGUCAUUAUCCAGACACCAGGACCAAGGAGACUCAAAGAUUUGAAAAGUGGAGAUGAUUCAGCCUUUUACUCGACGUUGCAGCUAAACUUCAUGUGACAGUAUUUCUGACACAAACACUUGAAUCUCGUGGACAUAUUUUAGGUGACCUGCUUUUGAGGACGUUUGCAUCGAGAUUUGACGCCACAGUGAAAAUCA